GAGCAGUGCAACAGAGAAGAUGUUACAGCCCCGAACCGAAAGAGGUAAAGUAACCAACUGCAGUUAGUUAUCCUUUCGAGCUGCCUGAAGUUAUCAAUGAAUUUUUUAAGCCUUCUUCUGCUGGCCCUCGUGGCAGUAGUAGCAGACUCGAACAUAAUCGCUCAGCCGCCUGCAGCCCCCCAGGAGCCGUGCAGCACCACCACCCGCCAGCCGCCAUGUGAACGGACAACGACUCCGUCACCACCCCCACCGUGCACCCGGACACCCCCACCAGAUCCACCCUGUGACACAACAACAACUCCGUCCCCACCCUGUGACACGACAACAACUCCGUCGCCACCCCCUCCGUGCACCAGUACACCUCCGCAAGAGCCACCACGUGACACGACAACUACUCCGUCACCACCCUGUGACACGACAACAACUCCAUCGCCACCCCCCCCGUGCACCCGUACACCUCCGCAAGAGCCACCCCGUGACACGACAACUACUCCGUCACCACCCUGUGACACGACAACAACUCCGUCGCCACCCCCUCCGUGCACCAGUACACCUCCGCAAGAGCCACCACGUGACACGACAACUACUCCGUCACCACCCUGUGACACGACAACAACUCCGUCGCCACCCCCUCCGUGCACCAGUACACCUCCGCAAGAGCCACCACGUGACACGACAACUACUCCGUCACCACCCCGUGACACGACAACUACUCCGUCACCACCCUGUGACACGACAACAACUCCAUCGCCACCCCCCCCGUGCACCCGUACACCUCCGCAAGAGCCACCCCGUGACACGACAACUACUCCGUCACCACCCCGUGACACGACAACUACUCCGUCACCACCCUGUGACACGACAACAACUCCAUCGCCACCCCCCCCGUGCACCCGUACACCUCCGCAAGAGCCACCCCGUGACACGACAACUACUCCGUCACCACCCCCCCCGUGCACCCGUACACCUCCGCAAGAGCCACCCUGUGACACGACAACAACUCCAUCACCACCCCCCCCGUGCACCCGUACACCUCCGCAAGAGCCACCCUGUGACACGACAACAACUCCGUCACCUGAACCACCCUGUGACACCUCAACUACACCUCCCUCAACCACACCCUGUGCAACUGAUGCCCCUCAAGGUACCAGCCUGAUCGAGAAGCUCCUUCCCAGGCCUCUGCUAGAUCUCUUCUCCGGCUCCAGCAUCUCCAUUGCUGGCGACCUCGAGUGCAGCGGAAGAGCUGACGGCACCUACCUGCAGGACGAGAAGCACUGCCGCCGCUACUAUGAGUGCCUCAACGGAAACCGCGUUCUGCACAAAUGCAGAGCCGGCCAGUGGUUCGACCUGGAUAAGGGCAAGUGCCGCCGUCGCAGCCUGGUGCUGAACUGUCCUGCACAGCGCAACUGAAGAUGACAGGAUCGGCGGAUAUGAUACGUGCAACAUGUAUAUUAACGUUUAUCCUAACCAACAGUAAUCCACUCAAUAAAUAGCAAUAGCAAUAGCAAU